AUGGGGCCUUUGGCAGGUGCCUGCGGCCAGCUAAGUUUCCAUCUGAGCGGCACAGUGACGGACCCUGCCACGCCCUCGUCCCCGGAGCUCGUAUGCAGCGUCAGCGUCAGCUUCGACCGCUGCAAGAUCACGGCGGUAACAUGCACCUGCGGCAACAAAGACAUCUUCUACUGUGCCCAUGUGGUGGCUCUGUCGCUUUACAGAGUACGGAAGCCCGAGCAGGUCAAACUGCACCUGCCCAUCUCAGAGACCCUGUUCCAGAUGAGCAGAGACCAGCUGCAGAAGUUCGUCCAGUAUCUGAUUUCGGUCCACCACACCGAAGUGUUGCCUACUGCGCAGAAACUGGCUGACGAGAUUCUGUCACAGAACUCGGAGAUCAACCAGGUCCACGGGGCCCCGGACCCCACAGCAGGGGCCAGUGUGGACGACGAGAACUGCUGGCAUCUGGAUGAGGAGCAGGUUCAGGAGCAAGUCAAGCUCUUCCUGUCCCAGGGAGGAUACCACGGCUCGGGCAAGCAGCUCAACCUGCUCUUCAGCAAGGUGAGGGAGAUGUUGAAGAUGCGUGACUCCAAUGGAGCGAGGAUGUUAACACUGAUCACAGAACAGUUCAUGGCCGACCCUCGGCUGGCGCUGUGGAGACAGCAGGGCACCACCAUGACCGACAAGUACAGACAGCUUUGGGAUGAGCUGGGUGCCCUGUGGAUGUGCAUUGUACUGAACCCCCACUGCAAGCCAGAGCAGAAGUCAUCAUGGCUGCGCCAGCUGCGCAGAUGGAACAGCGUGGAUGUCUGCCCCUGGGAGGACGGUAACCACGGCAACGAGCUGCCCAACCUCACCCACUCACUGCCUCAGGGUGCCCAUGGCAACCAAGCAGAGAUGCGCCCCCACAGGACUGUGUUCACACGGGCCAUUGAGGCCUGUGACCUGCACUGGCAGGACCGACACCUCCAGCACAUAAUCGCCAGUGACCUCUAUGCCAACUACUGUUACCAUGACAACCAGGAGGGCUCUCUCUUUGACACACGUGGCUCGCCCUUGUGGCAUGAACAUGUUCCGACGGCCUGUGCAAGGGUGGACGCCCUGCGUUCACACGGUUACCCCAGAGAAGCCCUCAGACUGGCCAUCGCUGUGGUGAACACAUUACGACGGCAGCAGCAGAGACAACUGGAGCAUUUCCGCCGGCACAAGAAAGAGUUGCUCCAUAAAGGCCACACUUCCAUCACCAACAUGGAGGGCUGGGUGGGACAUCCUCUGGAUCCCAUCGGCACCUUGUUCAGCACCCUGACAGAGUCUGGACGAGCGGGAGAGGAGGGCUCGAAUACGUGCUUAGACCUCUCAGACUGCUCCAGUGUAGUUAGUCGCGCAGACCUCCAGCGAAUGCCCGUACAGCGAUUGCUGGGAGACGGUGAAUCGUACGUGGCGCUGGCGGUGGAGACGGCUCUGAUUGGCUUAGGCCAGCAGCGGGUGAUGCCCGACGGGCUGUAUGCGCAAGAGAAGGUGUGCCGUAAUGAAGAGCAGCUAUUGGCCAAGCUGCAGGAAGUGGAACUGGACGACUCCCUGGUCAAAAUCUUCCGAAAACAGGCUGUCUUUCUGCUAGAGGCUGGUCCGUAUGCUGGUCUGGGAGAGAUUGUCCACAGAGAGAGUGUUCCCAUGCACACCUUCGCCCGCUAUCUCUUUACCUCUCUCCUACCUCACGACGCUGAACUAGCGUACAAAAUUGCACUGAGAGCCAUGAGGUUGCCGGUGUUGGAAUCGACGGCCUCAUCUGGUGACCUGUCACGACCUCACCACAUCGUGUCCGUGGUGCCCAACCGCUACCCGCGCUGGUUCACCCUCAGCCACAUAGAGUCUCAGCAGUGUGAGCUGGCCUCCACCAUGCUCACUGCUGCCAAAGGUGACAGUCGCAGGCUGGAGACAGUCCUGGAGUCCAUCCAGAAAAACAUUCACUCGUCGUCUCACAUCUUCAAACUGGCACAGGAUGCGUUCAAGAUCGCCACUCUGAUGGACACCCUGCCUGACAUCACACUGCUCAAAGUGUCUCUGGAGCUCGGACUGCAGGUGAUGAGAAUAACUCUAUCCACAUUAAACUGGAGGAGGAGAGAAAUGGUGCGCUGGUUAGUCACAUGUGCCACUGAAGUUGGAGUGUACGCCCUGGAUAGCAUCAUGCAGAGCUGGUUCACCCUCUUCACCCCCACAGAAGCCACAAGUAUCGUGGCCACCACUGUCAUGUCCAACAGCACUAUCGUACGCCUCCACCUGGACUGCCACCAGCAGGAGAACCUGGCUUCAUCCGCCCGCACCCUCGCCCUGCAGUGUGCCAUGAAGGACCCCCAGAACUGCGCCCUCUCCGCUCUCACACUCUGUGAAAAGGACCACAUUGCCUUCGAGACAGCCUACCAGAUUGUACUGGAUGCAGCGGCGACAGGGAUGAGCUACACGCAGCUCUUCACUAUAGCACGCUACAUGGAACACCGCGGUUACCCCAUGAGGGCCUAUAAGCUGGCGACGUUAGCCAUGGCUCAUCUGAACCUCAGUUACAACCAGGACACACACCCCGCCAUCAACGACGUACUGUGGGCCUGCGCGCUCAGCCACUCGCUAGGGAAAAAUGAGCUGGCGGCCGUCAUCCCCCUGGUGGUGAAGAGCGUGAAGUGUGCCACCGUGCUAUCUGACAUUUUGCGGCGGUGCACACUGACCACGCCGGGCAUGGUGUCGGCGCUGCACAGCCGCAGAAACUCUGGGAAGCUGAUGUCCCUGGACAAGGCGCCGCUCAGGCAGCUGCUGGACGCAACCAUUGGGGCCUAUAUCAACACCACACACUCACGGCUCACACACAUCAGCCCGCGUCACUACAGCGAGUUCAUAGAGUUCCUGGGAAAGGCCCGGGAGACUUUCAUGAUGGCUCACGACGGACACAUUCAGUUCACGCAGUUCAUAGACAACCUGAAACAGAUCUACAAGGGCAAAAAGAAACUAAUGAUGCUGGUGAGGGAGCGGUUUGGCUGAGGGUGAGGCUGGGGGUAGCCUAAAGCCCCCCCUUCCCACUCUAGUACUUUUCUAUUAACUUGAGUCUGCCUUUUGAACUUCUUUUGGACUUAUACAAUAGACAAGUGAAAAGAGGGAUGUGACUUGUAGAAUGAAGCAAAAAGAGAAAGGAAAAGAUGACAAAAAAAUCAACAGAGCCACACGCGGUAUUAUUGUUCUUGCUGUUGUUAUUGUUAUAAACAUUAUUACUAUUAUUAUUAUUAAUAAUAUUAUUACUACUAUGUGUACAGAAGUGUUUUUAUUUUUCAGAAGAGAGGAAAUUUGUCACGUUGUGAAUGUUGUGUGUAUUUCUCUACAUGUGUGCGAAAGGAAAAUGAAAAGUGAAAUGGCUUUUUUUUUUGUUCCUUUUUAGUUUUUAUGAUUUAAAACAUCUUUUUUCCCUUUUUCAGUGUAUAUUGAGUUAUAUGUUGUCAAGUGGCUGAAGCCCUUCUACAAUAGCGCUCAUGUAAAAACAAAAACAAAAAGAAGAAGAAAAAAAAUCGUCUCGGCAUCCUCAAAGAGAAACUAAGGCUUUAAACCACACAGAGCACCUCCCUUUGUCCAGGACCUCACCUGUGGGUGCUGGGCAGCACUGCACAGCUUAACUCGGCUCAGCUCGGCACAGCUUGGGUUAGCACUGACGGAAAGCCGCCAUCAGCAUUUCUCCAGACAGCAGUAGCAGCAGCAGCAGCACUUCAGCAGCCAUUAGUUUUCUCUGGGUCCCAGGCAUUUGCUUCAUUACACACAACGAUGCUAACUCUUGUUGUUGUUGUUAUUGUUGUAAUCUCACCCACCUCCAUAAUGAGGACCUGUUUUAGACAGAGGACAGUAUGCAGGCUCUACAGUGACGGCACAUUAGGCAAAGAUAAUGAGUAUUAUUGCUACAUUAAUGUAAUGCAGCACAGCUGUGAUUUUUUUAACAGCCCAAAUUGGACUAAAUCACUGAUAUCGUUAAGUUUUCUAGUUGAAGCAGAUACCCAGAGGGAGACGACUACCUCAUGAUACGGUAUUGAACCUGCUCCCAGUUUAUUUAUGCUAUCAUGAUAUUUAUCAUCUGUGAUAGCUGACAGUGUUAAUUAAACAGGAGUUUCACUAGCAAGACCAAGGUUAUGAGGAGAUAUACAGAGUCAGACUCCUGCUGAGUGCUUCUGUGCUCAGCUCUGCUGUACGCCACUGCCCUCACAACGGUACUUUCACCACCACCCCAAAAAAAAUUGGCGACAACGCACGCAGAAGACGUGUCAGUAUGUCAGUCCCCCUCUCAUCUCUACAGUAUAGUCACCAUUGUUCGGUAUCUUCAGAACAGGCCAGUGUCAUUUCCCUCUGUGCAUGUGAAUCAUAGAAAUUAGACUUUCUACUGUUAUAGUUCAUUGUGUGGAACCUUCAGUAAUUGUCAACCAGAACGUUCUCAGGGAUUUCUCUACACAGGAAAAAGGCGGAACAAAUGAACGACUGACUACAGGAAAAAAAGACAAAAACAUGACACAACAUGAGCGAGCAUUUAUUGUACUCUGUAUAUAUGCCAUAGUAUAUGUCUGAAUAUGGAGGAUCUGAAAGUAUAUGUUAACUAAUUUAUACAGAGUAUUCUAUGUAAUGUGAAAUACUUGAAGCCGCUGUAGUUUGCUCUCUCUCGCUCUCCUUCUCUUUCUCUCUUUUUGUCUUCUCUUUAUUAUUUUUCUUUUUGUCUAAAACAGAACAUAUCAGAAGGACUAGACUGAGCUUGUUAACGGGCUUUUUGGACUCAUGGGGCCGCAUGUGUUCAUACUUGAGACGCUGGAUCCCAUCAGAAAACGCAGGUUGAGUCAAAUUGGUGAUGACGGAGAGAAACAUUGUUGUCUUACUUCAUUCCUGCUGACUGAAGCAUAGAGAGGGAAGGAGGCCAUUGGUCGAUAAAUGUUUGAAAAACACAAUACAGGAUUUCUUGAAGUACUUAAUUAUGCAUGUAAGCUGUUGUCCUAGCAUAUUUUUUUCCAUGGAAUCCUAUGGGAAGUAACUAUAAUGUGCUUUAUACAGGAGCUAAUUGGGGAUGAAUCUGGUUUUAAAAAAUCAUGUAUUAUGUGUCCAGCCUUACCUGCAUCUAAGGACAUUUCUUGGCUGAAGUUUGCCUCAUUCUGUAGUAAUAUAAACCUUAUCAGUAAAGUAAAAGACAAUUAUGCACAGGUUCAAUCUAGCUAAGACAAAGAAAAUCAGUCUCCUCAGUUCUUCCCAUCAGUACACUUAACACCACACAAUUUCCGGUGUCUCCUCUGCAAUGUUCAGCUGUCCUAUCAUUACUUGCCUUUUUUUACCUACUUUAUAUCAGUUUUUUUUUCUUUUCUGUGCAUCUUUUUCUAUCUAGCGUUCAUUAAAGAUAAAAGCAGCCUUUUCUCUUGCCUUGUCUUAACGCUUUAAAGUAACCAAACAGGAGAUCUAUCUAACAACCAAACGCGUUCUAAGAGGUGAGAGACAACCCACCUUGGUCCCAGCUUUAGUGUCCUUAAUUAGUAAGUGAAUGGCUGUGUAACUCAUGCUUUAACAAAGCAAUUCCUCACGUGUGUUUGGUGAAAAAAUACGUUGUCCAGUGUCUCUUGUUCUCUUCAGAAACAAUUUCCUCUGAGUCUUUCUAGCUGUUUUUAUUUUAGUUUAUUUUUUGUUUGUUUGUUUGUUUGUGUAGGAAUCUUCUGCUCUCCCAUUUUAUUUAUUACAAUGACCCAUGUAUACAUGCUUAUGAAAUUAAGAUUUGAUACACCGAUAUCAAUUUAUUUAUGUAACUAAAUCACUGUUUUAUAAUCUUGU